AUGACCCGGAUGCCUUAUGGUUUUUCCCAGGCAAGGAACCCUGAGAGAGGAUCAGGUGUUUUCAGGUUAACCGUCAGAAAUGCGAUGGCCCAUAUUGAUUCUGAGGUGAAGGAAGAAGGGCUGAGGGAAGAUUUGAAGUUUUACUUCAUGAACCCCUGUGAAAAGUACCGAGCCAGACACCAGAUUCCGUGGAAACUGGGUUUGCAAAUUUUGAAGAUACUCAUGGUCACCACACAGAGAGUGCUGGGUUCUGCUAUAGCAAGGAGACUUCCUGGCUUCCUCCUUCAAUUUGUCAUUUUAAACAAGUAUCAUCAGCUAAAGAACUUAUCCCUGGGGACCUUUGGUUAUGGAGAAAAUGAAGACAAUAAAAUUGGCUUAAAAGUUUGUAAAAAGCAUUAUAAGAAAGGGACCAUGCUUCCUUCUAAUGAGACUCUGAAUAUUGACAGCGAUGUUGAAAAAGAGUGUAUCCACUUAGACCUUCAAGUCCUCACCAAGAACUCUCAGGACUGGAAGAACUCCUCAUUCUUCAGACUGGAAUUUUAUAGGCUCUUAAAAGUUGACAUCUCCUUUCACCUCAAAGGCAUUGACCUUCAGACGAUUCGUUCCCGUGAGUUACCAGACUGCUAUAUCUUUCAGAAUAAGAUUACCUAUGACAAUGAAGCUCACAGUGGCAAAAUAAAAAUAUAUUUUGCCAGUCAUGCCAACAUCGAAGAAUGUAAAGUCUUGAACAUAUCUGGAUCUAUUCAGAAAAAUACUCAGUAUAUACUGGUGUUUGAUGCAUUUGUCAUUGUGAUUUGCUUGGCAUCUCUUAUACUGUGCACAAGAUCCAUUGUUCUUGCUCUAAAGUUACGCAAGAGAUUUCUAAAUUUCUUCCUGGAGAAGUACAAGCGACGGGCAUGUAACGCGGACCAGUGGGAAUUCAUCAAUGGGUGGUAUGUCAUGGUGAUCAUCAGUGACCUCAUGACAGUCACUGGAUCCAUCUUAAAAAUGGAAAUCAAAGCCAAGAAUCUCACAAAUUAUGAUCUGUGCAGCAUUUUGCUUGGGACAUCUACGCUGUUGGUUUGGGUUGGAGUCAUCAGAUACCUGGGCUAUUUCCAAACAUAUAAUGUGCUUAUUUUAACAAUGCAAGCCUCAGUGCCCAAGGUCCUUCGGUUUUGCGCUUGUGCUGGCAUGAUCUACCUCGGUUACACGUUCUGUGGCUGGGUUGUUUUAGGACCUUACCACGACAAGUUUGAAAAUCUAGGUACAGUUGCUGAAUGCCUGUUUUCUCUGGUCAACGGUGAUGACAUGUUUGCGACCUUUGCCCAAAUCCAGAAGAAAAGUGUCUUGGUGUGGCUGUUCAGCCGUCUGUAUUUAUAUUCCUUCAUCAGCCUUUUUAUAUAUAUGAUUCUCAGCCUUUUUAUUGCACUUAUUACUGAUUCUUAUCACACCAUUAAGAAAUACCAACAGAAUGGGUUCCCUGAAACGGAUCUUCAGAAAUUCCUGAAGGAAUGUAGUAACAAAGAGGAACAUGAGAAAGAAGCCUCAACCUUCCUAUCCUGCUUCUGCUGCCUGAGGAGGAAAGGAAGUGACGAGCACUUGAUACUAUUUAACUAA